CCGGCCACGGCGGCCGCGAGGGGACAAAACGCGUUGCGGGAAAUGCUUCCGCCCGGGGCAAGAUGGCGGCGCCCAUGAGACAGCAGGGCUGGAAUGUCAUUGCAGGAAGAAUUAGGGGCUGAGAGUAGAUCGGUGGGGAGCGGGGGGGCUGGAAGGCUUGGAAAGCGCCCUCUCCCGUAAAGGGUCCGGGCUGGAGAGAGCUGAGCCAGGAUUUCCCCGCAGAGAUUUGCAGGGCUGCAAAUUUCCAGCUCCCCAGUUCAUACAAAAUAAGGGCAGAGCAAUCUGCGGAGACUGCUGGUCUUCUCAAACCUUCCUUUAUAUUGUCUGCCCACCCCUGUAAAAAUUUGCACUGGGUCUAAUGGCUGCAAGUUAAAUAACUUAGAGCCACAGUAUAUUUCUGCGUAUAUAUACAUACACACACGUGCAUUUUAGAGCAAAAUACUUAUGCAUGCUAGAUUGCAAGUGGUAGAUGUGUUGCAUGUGUAUUUUAAUACUAGCCAGGGGCCACUUGGUGGAGUGAGUCUUUUGGAAGAGAGCAAAGUCUCUGUGGGUGGGUCGCUUCACUUUCCUUCCUGACCCUUCACAAUGUGGAGUGGCAGUUUGCAGAGCGUGCUCGCUGGUGUUCCCGCCGCAGUCCGGUGUCGACGCCCGGUUCUCUUUGCUCGCCGGCUGGUGUUUUGGCAAGUGGAUUUGAGGCAGGCAUAUACGCCACAGCCAGAAAGGAAACGGUUUUACCAGAAUGUUAACAUCUCCCAAGGUGAAGGCGGUUUUGAAAUCAACCUGGACCAUCGGAAGCUGAAAACUCCCCAGAAUAAGAUCUUCAUGGUACCCAGCAAGCCUUUGGCUCUUGCAGUGGCGACGGAGUGGGAUUCACAGCGGGACACUAUCCAGUUUUUCACCAUGCACCUGACGACUUUAUGUAACACAGCUCUGGACAACCCAUCGCAGAGAAGCAAAGAACAGCUCAUCAGGGCGGCCGUGAAGUUCCUGGAGACAGACACCAUCUGCUAUCGUGUGGAGGAGCCGCCUGCCUUGGUGGAAUUGCAGAAAAAUGAAUGGGAUCCUGUCAUUGCAUGGGCGGAAAAGAGGUACAACGUCACCAUCGGCUCUUCAACCAGCAUCAUGGGGCCCAGCAUCCCGCAAAGCACCAAAGACACCUUUGCCAGCCACCUUGCAUCAUACAACACAUGGGCUUUGCAUGGCAUAGAAUACAUGAUAGCCCAGCUGAAGUCUCUGAUUCUCUCGAUGGGCCUCGUAGACAAGCAACUGACGGUGGAGCAAGCUGUCUUGUUAUCUCGCCUGGAGGAGGAAUACCAGAUCCGGCGCUGGGGGAAUGUGGAGUGGGCCCACGACUACGACGUUUACGACUUGCGCGCCCGCACGGCCGCCGCUACCCUUUUUGUUCACUUGUGUUCGGAGACGUCCACCGUCAAGCAAAAGCUGCUGCAGGACUGAGGCUGGGGAGGCGGAGGAGGGGCUCCUGUCGGAUGGACAGCUAGUAGAACGACUGACAGUGCUGGACCACUGGUGGUGAUGAAACGCCCAUGCCUCCUGAGACUCAGAGACUAGCAAUGCGCCAAACUUAGCUUCAUUCUUCCUGUGGGUUGAUGCUGACCCUGUUGCCCGGGUCCAUUCCUCUGGUGGCCUUCAGUUAACGGCCGACGGUGUUCUAAGAGUCUUGGCUGUCUGUGUGGACCUUUCCCUGCCCUCCCAGUGAGCCCCUUGUUUUAUUUUGGGAAAUGAAGGGCUGUGCUGAGCUCAUCAAGAACCAAAAAGGCUCCCCUAUCCUGACCAGGGACAGCUCCGCCACCUGUCUCAAACGGCCAGUUGCUGCUACUCGGAAUUAAAAUGGAGGCGGGACCCAGUCUGGGUUCUCCAAAACCUUUCAAGACUUUUAACCAGCUGAAGGGCCUGUCCCGCUUCUGGGGAGGUGCCCGUUCCUGGCCCCCCUCGUAUGAGUCCCUGGCCCCAGCAGACCAGUCCUGUCCUGGCUCCACUUGAGCCUGCUAAAAUUGUUCCUGCAGUGGACCAAGAGUGGCCUGCCCCCUCCCACCCUCCACUUUGAAUUAAAGUCUGCUGUCUGCCACACUG